AGCAUAAGCUGAUAGCAACAGCCUUUAAUUCCUAGAUAGUUAGUUCAUUAACACUACACUCUGCUGAGAAGGUCUUUGGCUGAAAACUGCCCCCUAUACAGGACCUGUACACCUCCAGGACAUUGAGACAUGCAGGUUGGAUCACAUGUGACCCAUGUCACCCUGGACACAGUAUUUUUUACUCGCCCUCAUCUAGCAGGAGACUCAGAUCCAUUCGGACCAGAACCUCUCGCCACAAGAACAAUUUCUUCCCCUCUGUGUUCAGACUCAUGAAUGACUGCCCAUUUCAGCUGCUUUGUUCCAGUUACACGACCCUGAGUUGUGUUUGCACCUGAAUUUACCCUUUCUGACCAGUACCUACACUGACUUGUGUUUAGUAGCUGCUUCUAUAAUCAUUGUCUCCCUAUGUAUUAUCAUUUUAUUGUGUUUAUUUCCUAAGUCUAACUUUGCAAAUCAUUUAUUUUUUCUUGCACCAGUUAUCGCAGAAAUUUCCUAAUGUUGUGAUUCUCGCACAUAUGGCAAGAAAUCAGUGCCUUCUGAUUCUGAUUCUGCCGGAACCGGAAACCCGCGAUGCUGGAUGAAACGAAAUGGUGUUAAACAUCAGUUGCCAUGUUCUAGGUCCAAACAUCUUUUGUUGUCCGUGACUUCAAAUGGUGUUUUACUAUUUGGGACUCUGGCAAUUUGUCCUAAUGUUAAAGUUAUAGCAGCCGGCUGUUUCUCCUUCCCUGAUAUUAUUGAGCAGAGAAACUCUCACAGUGGUGUUGUGUUGCAAAAUAUGUAAAUGUGUAAUGAAUGGAGGACCCAGGGAAGUGUAGCGGUAUAAUGACACACAAAAGCAAUGUUUGCAAACACAUAUUCAGCAUGUGGAAAGUCUUUGAAGGUUCAUAAGUUAUUCUUCAGUUUCAUCUUGUUUUCCACAGGUGCCUACUUAGGAAGUAACUGAUUACUAAAACUACAGAUGAAACAUUACUUAAUAGAAGGAAUUGAAGGGGUCGAUGUCAGCUUGUCCAUGGCUGCAAGUAAAAAAGCAUCAGAAGUUUUUCGCAAGCGAGGAAGACUAUUUCUGAUAACACGAAAAGUUUCUGGAAAAAACAAGGAGGCCAUUAGCACUGAGCCAGUUCUAUUAUCUAACUGUACAAUAAUUAAGACUUAACGAAUGUCAAAUCUUCUUUGGAGUCAAAGGAGUCAAGAUGAACAGGUCAAAAAUGGGUAUUUUGUCGAAGAAGAGCUGUCCAUACCCAUUUAAAGUGAAUGGUCUUAAUCAAGUCACGCUUUCUGUCAAGCCUUCAGCAUUCUGAUUAUUUGUCCAAUUACUACAAGAACCAGCAGAACCACAGAGGAAUUGACGUGGAAGCGGUGUUAAAGUGGGGACGUAAGUAAUGGGUUCCAGUAGACACAGGCAUGUGAUGUAAAGCACCCAGGUCACAUCCUAAUCAGAGAUUAUCUUAAGGAAGGCUGAUUCAGCUUUUCUGCAUGCAUUUGUUUGUGCGUCAGAGUGGCAGCAGAUGUCACCCCCCAAUACCCCCCCACAUCACACGCACACACACCCCAUCAUCGUGUCCCCUCCUUCUCCUGCCGGCUCCCUCCUCACCUCCACCUCUGCAGCAGUUUUCUCUCUCUCUCGCACACACACUCAUUUCUCCCGGUGCCGGCUCGGGAGACACACACUUUCUGCUUUUCCGCCUGGCUGCUGGCUCUGCUCCAGCAUCCCCCUGUGCCUCCAGUGUUUUCUCCUCCCUCCUCUCUCGCUUCCCCUGGAGUCUAUGUCUCCCUCAGUGAGGUUUGCUGGCCAGCCUGCUUCUCUGGCUGUUACUGCUGCUGGAGCAGUGAAGCUGCUUGACACCACAUCGCCACACUGCCUCUACCGCACUGCCUCGCUUCUCCUUUCUGCCUUUUCCCUCACACUCAGCUUCACUGGAUAAGUCAUCUUCCCAAGCAGCUGCAAAGGACAGGAACGGAGCCGGGCAAAGGGAGGAGUGUCUCGUUGUUCAACUACUGCAUUGAUCUGUUUUGUCUUUUCUUUUGCUUUUCUGGGCUGCUGGAGGUCGGAGCAGGAGGACAACUGGACUGAGAAGAGAUUUGUUCACUUCCUGCCUCUGCUCAUUCCUGGGACAGAGUGCAGGGGAGGACAGAAGAGGGAGGGACAAGAUCAGGACUUCAGACUCCCUACCGCUGCACAGCUCAGUGUCCCACCUCUUCCAAAGGCACAUAAGUCAAACACACAACCUGUCACUGACGGACAAUUUGACAAGUGGGCACAUUGUGUUCAUACGUAGGAACAGACAGAAUCACAGACAAACAGGUAGACAGGGGGUGUCGUGUCAUGGCGUCAAUGGACAGCACCGGUUCAAGUGUCUCUGGGCGGCUGAGAUCAGGGGAUCUGCUCCAUGCUGGACUGGCAGUUGUGUUGCUGCUUGGUGUAUGGUGUGUAGAUGGACUGGAGGUUUCAACAGGCAAAGUGUCAUCCAUUGAAGCAAUGAAUGGCUCCACAGUUAUGCUUCCUUGCACAUAUUCCUCUUGUAUUGGCAUCCAAAACCUCUACUUCAACUGGAAAUUCAAUGACAAUGGGACUCUUGUAAAGUUAUGUGAAGCAGAGAUUCCCACUGAGAAGGUGGAGCCCAAGGUUCGUGUUUUCCAUGACCGUGUCGAGUUCAUUGGCUCCUCAAAGACCAACAACAUCUCCAUCUUGUUGUGGAACAUAACUUUUGAGGAUGAAGGAGAGUACAUCUGUUUUGCCAGAAAUCCAAAAGAGAAGAAUCGCAACCACAGUGCCAUCUACACCCUUAUAGUUGUCAACCAACUGAAGGAGGUUGACAAUACGCUGACUGUUAUUAUCGUCUCAGCCCUGGGUGGAGUCAUUGGCUUCGUUAUCAUCAUCAUGGUUAUAAAGGCAGUGGUUGUCCAUGUCCUACGCAAGGAUAGCGAGAAGACGAAAGAGUGCCUGGUGACCUCCUCAGGGAAUGACAACACAGAAAACGGACUUUCAGGAGCCAAAGCUGACAACAAAGGGACAGCAAAGGCUUAAGUGAAAUUUGAAGUCUACAUUUGUAAAUAAUGUCAAAAAUGGAAAUGCUUGAAGAAAUAGUUUAAUGGAGUGUUUUAUUUUAGUAGAAUCUAAAUGAUGCAACUACCAAGUGUCUAGUUUAAAUCAUGCUUGAGAAUUGAGAGUGUGAAAUGUGCAAAGGGGCUGGAUCUCUCUCUUACUAAUGUGAAAGCUCAUAUGUUACAGUGUGUUGCCAGUUCUAGAAUUCCAUGUUUGACUAAAACCACACACAUUUAUAUAACCAAACCUCCACUGCUUGGGAUUUCAAGUCCCUUAGCUUUCAUAGCUUUUUUUUUUGGGCCAAUUAGAGUUGGGGUAAUUUCAGUUUUAAUUACCCCUGUUUACAGAUCUUGUUAUGGAAUCUUAAGGUUGAACCUUUUCAUAAAUUCAGGCCCAAGCAACUAUUUUAAUGAACAAUAGGAACACACACACACACACACACACCCACCCACACACACACACACACAAACACACACACACACACACACACACAUUGGUUUAAUGGAUUGCCAAUCUUUGAACUGCCUUGAUCAACAGCACAAAUAAAUGCAUAUCUAAAAAUUAACUCAUAAGCCUACUUUAGUUAUCAAACAUAUUUAGUUCAUAGUUCAAGCUUGAAAAUGUUAUUUGCUCUUGAGGACUAGAAUCUUUGCACAUUUUUAAAGGUUGUAAGCUUUUUUCAAAAGCUCCUUGAUCAUGUCAGAUUUUAUAUUCAUGCAUGUUUAAAGCUACAAUGGCAAAUGUUAGAAAGAAGCUAGCUUAAACCAUUUUUCCUGCUUUUUAACAAUGUUCUAACAUUGUGGAGCUAUACAGAUUUUUUGGUGAAUAAUCCAAAAAUAAAAGGAAUUCUCUUACACCUCAACCAACAAAAUGGCUCGGCCCGCAACCAACGAUUGGACCAUCCGGUUGUUGGUCUAACUGAAUUGCCACACUUCUGCAUUUACCUGAGUCCUCCACUCAUUAAGCUACAUAUUUGCAACAGCCUAACUGGACUAACUACCAGAGUCCCAAAGAGAAAAACAAAACACCAUUUAAAGUCAUGGACAAUAAGACAUUUGGACCUAGAAAACUGUGAUUGUGUUUAACGUUCUCUCGUUUCCUCUGGCAAUGCAUGCUCCCAUAUCGGGGGUGUGUGGCUAAAGGUUGGUUUAAGCUUGACGCGUCCGCGAGGUCCGCGUGGAAAAGUUGCAUCAUUUUGCGUCAUCUUAACAACCACGCCCCUCCACCGUGCCUCCGCACGGCCCAAAAUUUCCGCAACGCGCACCUAGGAAAUUUUCUGACCACGCGGACGGUCGGACACGGAAAAACAUGGCGGACCGGCAAGAACUAGUAUGGCAGAGGUUUGUAAAUACAGACAUUUGUAUGAUUCAGCUCUCAGAGAUCACCGUGAUCAACAUGUUGUUAAUAAUUCUUGGAGAGAAAUAGCUCGCACUGUCGGAAAAGAGGAGGACGCUGUUAAAACUGCUGGAAUGCCAUGUUGUAAACAACAGUUUUUACUUAGUUUUUAGUGUUGGAUGCAUGCUGUAGAGCUCCAUGCUGCCCCCUACAGUUUGGGAGAAUAUUGGCUCACCGCAGAGACAAGCCGCAUGAACCAUAAACACUGCGAGUUGUGAAGCGCGUUCCAGCCGCGAGCCGCAUCCCCGCGCGGAAAGUGAAUGCGUCAAGCAUAAACCAAGCUUUAUAGGGAUGAUAGUCAGAAGAUGAGGUGAGAGUUCUGUGACCAUGUUUUCUUUUAAGAGCUAGCUUUUUUGCAGAAUUGCUAUUGUAGUUUUAAUGUUUAUAAGAAAUAAUGGCCAAACCUCUGGCUAGCCAAGGUUGACAGCUGGGCUUUCCUACAGUGAUAGAAGGAUCCAAUUUUGCACAGAUUUUAUUGUUUUGCUUUAGAUAAACACAGGUGCCUGUUAUGCUUCUGUUCCCUUAGCUGAUGGGAGUAUAAAUGCAUAAAGAAAAAAAAACAACAAAAAAAACACAUAAUCCUCAUCAAAGACAAUCCCGGAUUACCCAGCUCCCUGUGGAAAGGAAUGAACCUAAUCAUGCUGCUUCAGACUAUUAACUAGCGUGUUUUUGGCAUGUGCACAUUUUCUAUAACUUUAUAUGAGUAUAUGUUGCACCAUGAUACAAAUGCCUGACUUCAUGUCUCAUUACAUCCUCAUUUAAUCUUUCAAAGCAGCUUGAAAUGCGUGAAACUCCAUGGAACCACCAACACUGCAACAAAUUAACUUUGAGCAGAUCUGCAUGAUCAAAUGGGAGCUUUAACACUUGUGUUCUCGAAGAUUAUUCUAAUCAAAAUAGCUGGAAGAAAAUUUACAAGGAUUCAAAAUGUAAAAAUGUUUUAAUACGUACCACAUUUAGUUGUAGUUGAAUAACUUAUUUAGAGAUUUUGGCAUUUUGCAAUUUUAGAGUAAAAAAAUCAAAAAUAUUCAACGAGGGUGAUGAGAAAUUUGGAUUUAGCAGCCUUUUAAAGUUGUUGCUGAAAAUAAUGAAUUUAAUUAACUAAAUAUCAAAAAAAUACCAGAAUACAAUUAUAAUUGUUACUGAUAUAAAAAAAAUAAUUAGCAAAGGCAUGGAUCAACUAAGAAUGUCGGCAUUUGACCACAGGGCCAGUGUAGGAUUUGUGUUUAAAUACAGAAUUGUUCCAGUACUAAUAGUUUCAGUGGGUCUACUUAGUCUCAUUUAUUUUAAAUGUUGUUUUUAAAUGAGUGAAAUGACUCAUAUUAUAAUAAUGGUUGAAAUUCAAAAAAUGCAUUUGAUAGUGAGUUCAGAAUUUCCUUCAUUCCUUUUUCAGCACAUGCUACACCUUUAUAUAUAUAUAUAUAUAUAUAUAUAUAUAUAUAUAUAUAUAUAUAUAUAUAUAUAUAUAUAUAUAUAUAUAAAAUAAAAUGAAUUAAGUUUUGCAGUUCUUGGCUGCAACUUUCAAUGCAAUGGUUAAAAAUGUUCACACUGUCUUCCUUAUUGGGUACGUGUAAAUAAAGGAGAGUUAGAAGAAAGGAGAGUGUCGGCAACAUGGGUAAUCAACCUAUGUUGUAAUUUUUACAGGUUUUAAGUACUUUAAAGUGUUAAAAGCAAUUGUUUUAUAUAGUUUCUCUGUCAUGGUAUCUCUAAUGUCACCUUUUUGGAACAAUUUCGAAAAGAAUGCAUUAGCCAAAGUACUUGAUGUGCUGCUAUUUUUUCUGAGUCUGGUCACAUCAUUGCAAAGCUGCAUCAUAGCUCAGUGCAAUAAUGGCAGCAUUCAUUUUGCUGUACACUUGUUUUCAUUUAAGUGUUAGUAUUUUUCCAUUUUAUUUGAACAUUUAAUCUGUCAGUGUAAAAUCUCUGUCAUGUCAAUCUGGUAAUUGGUUGAAUUGAAGGCAGGAGGAUUUUUCCCUUUUGUUUCAUAAAACUCCUCCAUGAAUCAGUAAAAACCAAAGCAUUUUUUGGUCCCGUUGCCUUCGGUUCAGUUAUUUAAAACCUAUACUGCCUUUACCCCAAUUGUUUUCCCAUGAGGUAAAGUAAAACAGCAUAGGUGGCAAAAGGGCCACUUCUUUCAAAUUAACUCCUCUUUGUUGUUGGGAUUUCACUGGUUUGCAACUGUUGGUAACCAGUUAGCAGUGUUAGCUAAAUGUGCACUUUACUACUUUAUGUAGCUAUUUAUUUCUUCCCGAAAACAACUUAUUUAGAGUCUUUUCUGGUGUUAUCUUGGACUAAUCCUGCCGUCUGAAACUAUUUUCUUCUCCAGCUGGCUUUCUCCCUGAGUACAACUUACUGGGCAUCCACUCCUACUAGAGACCACUGCAAAAGUAUUGAUUGAAGGUGUGAACCACACUUUUAAGGUCUGAUUACUACGAACAUUUAACAGUUUUUAUGCUAAUUGGUUGUUCUUGUGUGAGAAGUAUAAAACAAACAAACAAAGGCAGCAUUAAAUAAAAUAGACCAACAUUUCAAAUGAUUGGGACUUCUUGCUCUACUGUUUAAUGCAACAAAUAUUUAAUCACAGCAUGAGUUAAUAUUGGAUUAUUAUAGAUGUUUAAAUUGUGCAACGGCACCCAUUAUUUAUUUCUUACAGUAUGAGGUCACUGAAAGGCAAAUUUACAAUUUCCCCAGCUGAUUUGAUGGACACAGAUCUUAAUGUUUAGCUAAAGUUCCCCAACUUUUAUCCAAAAGGAAAAUACCCUGUCCUUACAUCAGACUGACCUGAUAGAAGUCCAAUGAAAAAUCCCAUGUCUGUUUACGGUGCUGGUGGCAACCAGAUAUUCAAGUUUCAAAAACAAGCAUUUUUACAUUUUGUCUAACAUUUUCAAAAUGAGAGUAAAAAUUAUUUUUUAAUGGUAAUGUUUCAGUUUUUCCUCAUUUCUGGUAUCAGCUUGCUGCUCUCUUACACUGGAAUGUGCUUAGCCCAUCUUGCUUUCAAAGGAAGCAAAAAGGCAGACAUCCUGUUAUGCAAUAACCUGUUACAAGGCACUUUAUCGAUGUGUCCGGACUGGCUGGCAACGUUCUCUGUCCAAGGCGCAUCUCGUUCUACUGGUGUAUGCGUCUAAAACACUCAAAUGUGUCUCAGACUAUUGUAUUGACGUUAGGAUCAUAUCUCUUCUUUGGACAGAACAAACUUCCUUUCAUUUACAUUUUGCAUGACAUUUCCUGUGCAGAUGCUCAUUGAGAACAUCAACACUGAGCCUCGUGAUCGAAAUUCCUUCACACACUGACUGACCACUUGAUUGUUUCAUGAGCUUGUAGUUGGCAUUGAUUAUUAUAUGUUUGAUUGAAAUGCACCUACAGCUGCCAUGUGAAUGGCUUUAAAAGGUUGAAAUCUGACUGCCACCCAUCAAACACCAUCCAAGACAACUCGUGUCCUUUUCUUUUCAUGUCAUAAAUGUAUUGCAAUGGUUUCUGUUUAAAUUAACAGCAACCCACCAUCCUCCUCAUCAUGGUGAACAGUUAUACCAGCCUAAAAUAGGUCCACCAACUCCAACUCGCCAUUUUAAGUGUGAAGCAGAUCCUGUUUGGCAGCAUGUGAUGAAAGGGUUGAAAGGACCUUUGGUUGUCUUGAAUGUCAUGAGGAAACAGAUGUCUUCACUUGAAUACCAUCUGGGUAAAUGUGACUCCGACUGUCCUAAAUUGGUUCAAGCAAUCAGAUUUCAUUCAGUGAACAGAUACAAAACGCACUUCUAAACAAAAAUGAUAAAGAGUAAAAUGAGACACAAAAUGGUUUGAAAUGACGCUUGCUAGUAAAUUAAAUUCAAGUGCACACCAUGUUUUAAAUGGAUUUCUAUUUCUGAGUGUAAAUGGAAUCAGAAUUCAACAACGGUGCAAUGUUUUAAGUACUACUGUGUCCUUGUUUGUUGUGCUCUCAAAAUGUGAAAUGGAUGCAGGGAAGACACACACACACACACACACACACACACACACACACACACACACACACACACACACACACACACACACACACACACACACACACACACUAAAUUUACAUAUCCAUCAGUACUGUUCUAUUAUUUAUGCAUUUUAUAAGAAAAAGCAAUAUAUUAGAGUUAACAUGUACUAAUAUUACCUAAAAGUAAAAUAGCACAGCAAUUCUAUUUGCAAGUUUCUGGUUUUGAGUAAAAUAAAAAAUCUGAUAAUAGGGUAAGCAAAUUUGACUAAGUUAAUUUUUUUCUAAACUGGCAAAUAAAUCCAAAAUUGGAUGUUCUGAUAAUAUUUUUCUUAUUCAUUUCCUUUCUUCACAUUUUUAGUAUUUUUUUUUAUAAAUUUUGUUCUUGUGAAUCCUCUCAUGAUUUUUAUCCUGAGAGGUGCUAUAUAAAGGAUUAUUUCUUCUACUUUUGCUAGUUUUAAGAACUCUAGUCUAGCAACUUUUGCUUACCCCAUUGGGCAGUCAGUUUUAAUCAAAGGACAUUUGAACAUAUUUAGAAUUAUUAGCUGUUUUUGUAAAUAAGAACAUUUUUCUUUCUAGACUUAACAAUAAGACAAACUGUCUAAAACUUUUUUUGCAGAUCUGACUAGAAAUCUGGGUCAACGUAUAUUGGAUAGGUGACCACAAGAUAAAACUAAGCUUACUGGUUUAAAGUGUUUAAACUAGUUCUCUUUGUCGUAUUGUUUCCAUGGUAAACUAACAUUGUACUAACGUUUGAAAUCCAAGUUUAAUUUUGUCUCAGACAUUCUGAUCGGCCUUGUCUCCUAUUCUCAAGCUCACAAGACUCUUGAGAUCAGCUGCUGGCAGUGAAUUCUGCAGUACAGAAAAUGUACUCUGUAAAUCGCUCUUGUGAAGUAGAGUAAAACAGCACAGAAACAACACGCUGACUGCCACCUAGUGGUAAGCAUACUGGCUAACCCUUGUAGUUUAGAUACACCUGCUGUGUGCAUUGUUUAUUAAUUAGUUUAACUAGAAAGGCAGAAAAUUUAAAAGAAUUUCAUGCUGCAAAAUAAACUAUAAAUUUAAUAAUCUAUGUGAGGAAAAUGGCAACAUUUUCCACAUCCGUGCAUUAAUAUGCACAUUGCUACAUUCCUUGCUGUUGCUUUUUGAGAGCAGUUAGUUAGAUUAGGUAAAAUACAUACAUAUAUCUCUUUGCCAAUUAAAGGGGAUAUAAACAUUUGAAAAAAUAACAUAAAUAAUGUUUACAGAACAUAUUAAGGAGAAAAUAUGUAUCAACUUUGAAAGAAAAUGGCUGCCAUUUGACAGCUAUAGUAAACAUAUAAAAUACACUAAAUUUGAGCAUUAGUGUAGCAUUGUUCACUAUGAUCGACCACUCUAAUUUCUAACAAAAUGUGUUGUUCUUACUGCCAGAGCGGCUGAAACUCACACUGCCAAUCCAAGAGUCUCACGUCUGCUGCCGUUACAUUUCUGACUCGAUGACACAAAUAACACAAAGUACACUUACAUCACUCGAUCAUUUAAAUACAAAACCGUAGAUCUUAUUUCUUUGUAUAACGUCUGUGUUUGUAGCAGGUGGAACUCACACUGCCAAGCCAAAAGUUUAACAACUACUUCUGUCUCCCACAUUCCACACAGCCAGUCAGCUAAUCAAUUGGUCAACUGCAAGAAAAUGAAAAACUGCCAUAAUUUUGAUGUCUGUUUAAAAAUUACGGUAGUUCAGUGAUUGAAGAUGUUUUUAAGAGAGUUUUGAGUUUUCAUUACGUGAUGUUUCUCUAAAUCGGAGAGAGAAGAUAUCUAGUGAUGUAACAUUCUGAAAAACUCUGAUGAGAGUUUAGAGUGGUUUUGGACAUUUUAUAAAAUAAGUGCUGUCAUUUUUGAUCAGAUCAACUGAAAAGAUAAUCGGUGGUGAAAGUAAAACAUUGACCCGGAAAAUCCAACCUUGAAUAAAAAGAAAAGUUUGAUAUGAAAACACACCGAAUUGGGCUCAAACAUGUGUUUCAAAAUUUCUGAAAGUUGCCAAAUGAAUUUUGAUUAAUUGUUGGACAUGGCAAAAUGCAAGUUGAGAAUAAUUUGUCAAUAUGACAUCACAUGCCAAACAAACACUGGGGGCUGGAGAUUUGAAAAACAAGCACAGGCCCACACCAACCUCUCCGCUCUUCUUACUGUUGUUCUGGUAAAAUUGAGUUUUUCAAUGUUUUUUACACAUCAACAGGCUGUAAACAUCCUUCUUUCCUCAUAAUGAAUCAUAUAUUCACAUCUUGUUAUAAAAGAUCCAACAUGUAACUUGUAUAAAUGCUAGAACUCAAGAGUAGGUUGAAAAUUUGCAGUAAAUUCCCAGUAGGUUGCUUGAGUCACUAUAGUCGACUCUUUAAAUAAAGCAAAGCAAACCUGCAGCUCCUGUUUUCCUGGGGAAACUUUCCUGUGAAUGUUCAGCUUUCUGUCUGUCUUUGUAACUAUGUUUGCUCAUGCUCCUUCAUGACUAUGCAUUUCAGAAUUUUACCUUGAAACAAUAUACAAACUGAAAAUAAAAAAAAAGAUGGAA